GCUACCCUCACCUAUUGAAAAUCUAAAGGGCUUAUCGAGCUUGGAAGUGAGAAACUGCAAAAAUCUUUCCAUAUUGCCAGAGAUGAUCUCAGGUAUUAAAUAUUCUAUCAACAUGCCUGACGGAGGAGUAGAUAUUCAAUAUUUACGGAAGCUAUAUCUAACCAGCUGCAGUUUGUUGAACGUGCCUUCUAGCAUUGGUUGCUUAUUCUCACUUGAAGCAUUAGAUCUAAGUGGAAACAAUUUUAGGAAGAUACCUCAAAGUAUCUAUAAGCUGAUUGAGCUGCAAUAUCUUGGUUUAAGAAAUUGCCAGAAGUUAGAAUCAUUACCAAAUCUUCCACCGCAACUGACAACAUUAGAUGCACACAAUUGCAUUUCACUGAUUAAAGUAUCAUUUGGUUCAACUGGAGUAAAAGGAAAUAUUUUUUGAAUUCUUUUUCACUAACUGUGACAUGUUGGCCUAUGGUGCAAGGCACAACAUAAUGGAAUAUGCCCUCACAAAAUUUAUGAGCUACGCAAAAAGACUGAACAACCAGAUUCCUUCUAUACUAGCAGGAGAAUCUAGUUUUUGCAUUCAUGGACAUACAAUCCCAAGGUGGUUUGGCCAUCAAAGUGAAGGAUUUUCUACGACAAUGCAGCUGCCUUCACAGUGGGCUAACAUCAAGUUCCUGGGUUUCACUCUGUGUGUUGUUAUUCAAUUCAACUACUUUUUUCUGGGCAACAAUGGUUUCCAGAUUAGGUGUCAAUAUCACUUCAAAAAUGAGUACAGAGAGUGCAGUGAUCUCCAUUCCUAUUUCGGUGGUUGGUACGGUGAAAGAACUCUCUGCACUUAUCAUGACAAAAAGUUUGGGAGACAAUAUCCUAUGUUCUUCGGGUAUGAUCCAUGUGUGGACGCUACAAAAGAUGAUCAUUUCAGUAAAUAUAGAGAGUUAAUAGUUGAAUUCUACCCUGAAGAUAUGGAUGGCAAUCCUUUACACUGUUGCAAAGUGAUGAAUUGUGGUGUACGUCUACUAUAUUCUGAAGAUGAGUUAUUUUGUCGAUGUCUUUCAAUUGGUCUACAAAAAGAAGAAAAAUUAGACAAAAUUACUAGGGGUCUAAAUUUUCAUGCAAGAUAUAGACUUGGUUGUCUUCGACCCUUUCGAGUGUUUUGAUGUAGGUGAUGAGGAAGAUAUAGCCACUCUUGCCUCUGAAAAACAUAUAGUUUAUGGCUCGCCGAGAAGGUCAACGGGAAUUAGGCCCUGAAGGAGUCGAACAGAUCAACAUAUCUAACAAAAAAGAGAGAAAAAUGAAAAAGUAGACCGUGGGCGUUGUAAGUUUGUAAGGCACUAACUUAUUUUUUUAACAUUUAUAUAUAUAUAAAUGUAAUUUUAAGAAAAGUUAUAUAUAUUAUGCAUAUUGCAGUGAUUAGAAUAGUUUUAA